UGAAAAACCCCCAGCUUGCUCUGUACGCUCAAAACUAGUUUGUGUACAAAUGCCAUUUCUCUCAAAACUGUCCAAAGCGUCUAGAGAAGCUACAGUGAGUUUGUAAUGGCGGGUGAGGAGAAGCAGACUCUUACUCCAAAGGGUAUUAUAGAAAACAAUUUUGGUGUUAAAGCAAGUUACAGAAUUGAGGAAGUUCAUGCUUCUUCGAAUGGAUGCCUCUACCGAUGUCACUUGCAGCUGCCGGACUUUACUGUUGUAUCCAAUGUCUUCAAGAAAAAGAAGGAUGCUGAACAAUCCGCUGCCGAAUUGGCCCUCGAGAAGCUAGGCAUUCACUCUCUGGAUGAUGAUGAUAUAACUGUGGAGCAAGCUUGGGUUGAUAUCGUUGAACGCAUUAAGUAUAUAUUUUCUGAUGAGUUGUUGCCAUUGCAGUUUCUAUCAGCUGAUCAUCCCCUGGGAGGUCACCUUAGGGCGGCAUUGCAAAGGGAUAGUGAAUGUUGCGGAACAGUUCCUGUUUCUGUCAUUGCUACAUUUGAUACAAAGAUUAACAGUCGCUGUAAAGUGAUUGAUCCUUCUGUGGACUCAGAUCCUAGCUUGCUCAUGUCCUAUGUCAUGAAGGCUGCUGCAAAGCUUCCGGACUACAUUGUCGUAUCUCCACAUCUAGAUUCACUCCGGAGGAAAAAACCAUACCCUCCAGCAAUUAUAAAAGCAUUGGCUUCUCAAGUAGAAAGCAGAAGGGUUGAGGCUGUGCAUAUACAAUGUGCCGUUGACGGUGAAGAGGUUGUUAAGCCAAUCAUUCUUGGUAUUUCAUCAGGUCGGUAUUAUUUGGAUAUUAUUGCUGAAAAGCUUGGGUUGAAGGAUGGCAGCCAAGUGAUGAUAUCAGGGACUAUUGAUGGUUUUAAGUGUAGAGUAUACGCAGCCUUUCCUAAGUUGAAGUCUUCCGAUAAUUCAUGGAAAUCCCGUGAAAAACGUCCAGUCAAUGAAUCACAACAUCUUGAAAAGUCUCGGAACGCAAAAGCUAGUUUUGUUAGUGGUCUAGAUAUUCACGGUGAUGCAAUCGUGGCAUCCGUUGGUUACCCAUGGAGGUCCCAUGAACUUGAACACGAUGAUGUAACCUUGAAGUCAUUUUACAGGAUAUAUUGCAGUAUGUCUCCUAAUGGAAUCUAUAAAUUCUCCCGACAAGUACUAAUUGCUGCGCAGUUGCCUUUUUCAUACACUACAAAGUCUAACUGGAGAGGUCCAUUCCCCAGGGAGAUUCUCUCCAUGUUCUGCCGCCAGCAACAUCUAGCAGAACCCAUUUUUACUAUAACUACUGCCCCUGUGAAACCACUGGAUGGAAUAUUAAGAUCCUACCAGAAGUUGAAAGACUCAGAACGGGAGGAUAUGAGAAGGAAAAAACUCAGGAUACCAAGAUCAGGGACUGGUUAUAGAUGUGAAGUGAAAAUUCUCUCAAAGUCCCAGGAUUUGGUUUUAGAUUGUUCACCAGGAGACUUCUAUGAGAAGGAAAAUCAUGCUAUUCAAAAUGCUUCAUUGAAAGCCCUCUCAUGGUUUAAUAAGUUAUUCGAUGGCCUGGAUGCGGACCCAGAUCAACCAUGUUAUUCGAAUCUAGACUUGGAUAUGCUCUUUCAACGGAGUGUCUUAAUAAAAGGGGCUUUUCCAUGUAGUAGAAUGUAUGAACAGCCCAGGUCUAAAUCAAGGACCACGGGUAUGCAACAUGAACGGAAGCGUGUUCAAUCUAUAACAGAUGGUUCCUUGGUUAGCAUAUGCUAUUCUGUGUCCGUGGAGGUAGAUGCUGACUUUUCGGAGAAUGGUGAAUGUUUAAAAGAACUCAUCGAAAGAAAUGAAGAGAUUGAAUUUGAGGUCGGGAAUGGAUCUAUGAACCCACAUCUUGAAUCAGUUGUUACUCAAAUGUCUGUAGGCCAAUAUGCUUGUUUUGUAACUGAUAGCCCUGCUGAAGGCUUGCUUUUGGCUGCUGCUCCUGAUACUGCGAGAACUCAGUCACUCUUGUCAGAAGUCUCAGUAGGUUUGGAAUACAAUGUACGUUUGUUGGGAGUAAAAGAGCCGACAGAAGAACGAAUGGAGGCGGCAUUUUUCAAACCUCCACUUUCAAAACAGCGUAUUGAAUAUGCAAUGAAACAUAUAAAAGAAUCGUCAGCUUCUACUCUGGUUGACUUUGGAUGCGGAUCUGGAAGUUUACUAGCCUCUUUACUUGACUAUCCAACUUCACUUCAAUCCAUUGUCGGUGUUGACAUUUCACAGAAGGGUCUUUCCCGUGCUGCUAAGAUACUACAUUUAAAAUUAAACAAGGGAGCUUGCAACCUCAAAUCUACUAUACUCUAUGAUGGAUCCAUCCUUGAGUUUGAUUCCAGGCUGCAUAACAUUGAUGUCGGCACUUGCUUAGAGGUCAUUGAACACAUGGAGGUAGAUCAAGCCUGUCAAUUUGGGAAUACAGUUCUAAGCUUGUUUUGCCCGAAACUUCUGAUUGUUUCCACACCAAACUACGAGUACAACAAAAUUCUCCAUAUGCCUGGUCACAAAUCCGUAUCACAGCAGCCAAAAUUCAGGAACCAUGACCACAAGUUCGAAUGGACAAGGAAACAGUUUAACCAGUGGGCAUCUAAGCUUGCCAAAAGCCACAACUACAGCGUCGAGUUGAGCGCUGUUGGUGGGUCUGGCAAUGUAAAUCACGGGUUUGCUUCUCAGAUUGCUGUUUUUAGACGACAAGAGGUUAACCUUGUUGGGAAGUUCUCGGAAGGCUCGAUGCAGCCUUAUAAAGUCGCAUGGGAAUGGACAAGUGGAAAUGGAGACAAAAAGACUUAAUCUUUGAUAAGUGUAUCAUCAACCUGAAUAGACUUAACUCUUUUUUCCUUUUUUUGCUGCUUUUUUUAUGUUUGAAAUCUACAAGUUUCUUCCUUGUCACACUCUUGUGUAUGGUCAUUGAUUCUUAAUAUCUAUCUUUUUUUUUUGU